AUGUUCACCAAGGCCCUCUUGACCACUGUUCUCCUCUCUGCAGUCUCGGCCCAUCAGAACCUCCAGCAGUUCUGGGUCAACGAUGUCUCUCCUGGCCGUCAGGUCGGAAUCCGGAUGCCGCCAAGCAACAGCCCCGUUACGGAUGUGACGAGUGACGACAUUGUCUGCAACGUCGGCGGCUCCAAGGGCUCUGGUGUCAAGACGAUCGAAGCUGCCGAAGGCGAUACGAUCAAGGUCGGCUGGGAUAACUCUGGCCACCCCGGUCCUAUCACGCACAUGCUCUAUGGACCUGUCGACGAUGCUUCCCAAGCGACUGGUAUCGGUGCCGGCUGGUUCAAAAUUGACGAGGCAGACUACACAAACGGAAAAUGGGCUAGUCUUCUGAUGGAACAAGACAACAUGACCCACACAUUCAAACUCCCUACUGUUCUUGCCGCUGGCGAGUACCUGCUCCGCUCCGAGAUGCUGGCACUCCACAGUGCACAGACUAAAGAUGGUGCUCAGUUCUAUAUUGGAUGCAUGCAGUUGAAGAUCAAGGGCACUGGCAGCAAGGGCGCAUGCACGCCUCAAAUCGAGCUUCCUGGCGCGUACAAGGCCGAUGACAAGAAUAUUUACAUCCCCAACUUUUACAACGGCUUCGACGCUACCGACUACAAGGCUCCUGGAGGCCCAUUGGCUACUUGCGGUGGUGCCGGCGGUGCUGCUCCUCCAGCCUCAAAUACAACAGCCCCCCUUCCGAGCCUUGCUCCGGCUCGUCCUGCCAGUAACAGUACCGUACCUUCAGCAACGCCCAUUGUCCCCACGACAUUCGCCACGCUCGUUCUGCCUUCUGCAGGCAUUACGCCUCCUGUUGGUGCCGUCCCUACCGGCUCUGCGGGAGCAGCGAAGUUAUAUGAGCAGUGCGGUGGCCAGAACUUCAAUGGCCCGACUACGUGCGAGAGUCCUGCAAAGUGCGUCAAACAGAACGACUUUUACUUUCAGUGUGUCAACUAG